UGCGACUUCAUUACUCUGUACCAUAUAAAUUUUGCGACAUUCACAAGGCUGCGCAAGAAGCAGCGAAAGACGCACCAUGAAUAAGAUACGCGCAAUCCAGGCGCUUAAUAAGAAAGAGAUAGAAAAUGGAAUUACCCCAGAAGCUUCCUGGCAUACAGACUAUCGAGACACUGCCUACGUCUACUUUGGCGGUCUUCCUUACGAGUUAUCCGAAGGCGAUGUAAUAACGAUUUUCUCACAAUUUGGAGAACCUGUAUUCUUGAAGCUGGCUCGCGACAAAGAGACGGGCAAGUCGAAGGGGUUUGGCUGGCUUAAGUAUGAGGACCAGAGAAGUACCGACUUAGCGGUUGACAACCUUGGCGGAGCGGAUAUUGGUGGUCGCCUGAUCAGUGUCGACCAUGCGCGAUACAAAGCGCGGGAUGAUGAAGACCCCGAAGAGUUCAAGGUCGGCUGGGAGGACAUGCUUAGGCGAGAGGGACAAGCGCUGUCAGAAGAUGAGAGUAGCGAGGAGGAAGUGAAGCGACCGAUGCUACCAGAAGAGCGAGAACUUGUGCUUCUGAUGCAGGAUCAUGAUGACGACGACCCCAUGAAGGGCUUCCUGAUCGAAGAGAAGAAGAAGGAAGUUGAAGAGGCGCGGCGCAAAGCAGAAAAGAAGGAUCGAAAACACAAACACAGACAUCAUCGGUCACAUAGAUCGAGGAGGGAUGGAAGCGAAGGAGACCGCCACCGUAGAUCAAGACGAGACGAGACUCCCGAAGGCAAAGAGGACCGACAUCGUGAUAAGGAUUCCCGACGACACAGAGAUGAUGACCAGGACCGAGAAAGGAGACGAGAUAGGGAUAGAGAUAGGCGAAGGGAGAGGAAGGAUGACGAGGAUGAUCGUGGUCAUGACCGAGAUCGGAGGAGAGAUCGAGAUCGAGAGCAUAGAAGGCAUAGGGACGACGCUCAUGACGAGUCACGACACAAACGACGCAGGGAAGAAGACCAGGAGGAGAAAACAUCAAGGAGAAGGAGUAGAAGUCGAUCGCCAUGACGGCGCGACGAUUAAAGCACAUUAUGCUGUAAAACAAUAUUUCACUCGGUCCAAAGUAGCUCUACUUAUCCUGAACCCCUCAAACGCCCAUCCCAAGUUUGCCCAGCAUUAAGAGUCGUAUCCCUUGUGAUCAUUAGCUUGCCUUGUAGCAGGGCCUCACUUGGCUCAUGUGUUGCCCAAAUAACGCUUCCAACCUUCCCUUACGCAGUGUCGCUUUCCAUCUUCGCCGUCAACAAUAAUGAACUUCUCCCAUCGUGCAUCAUGCCCAGCUCCUAUAACAACAAGACUAUCAUCGCCGAUCCAGCCAAUGACGCCCUUUGGAGGCCGUGAUGUUCCUAGAACAGUGCUCUCUGAGAAAGAAAUGCCCCCUAUAGCAGCUUCAUCACCAGCCUCAAAAGGCGCUGAGCUGAAAGAGUAGACGUCGGAAAAGACUCGAGGCAUCAGUGGAAUCUUGCUGAGGAUACCCCACUUCCCCGUCCCGUCACCGGGGUCUGAUCCAGAAGCGCCGAGCUGUUGACUUCGGCUCAUUCCUGGCUUUCGUGGAUGUGGUACGUCGAAGAUGUGAAGGGUGGACUUGUCAGAGGUACAGGCAAGCAUCGUUCCGCAAGGUGAGAAGGCAAGAGAAAAGAUAGUCGCAGGAUCAAUGCCACGCCGAAGUUCAGCAAGCCUGGCACAGUUGCUUGUAGCGUAAACACGGAUUAGUGUACCUGUUUCGCUUGCACUGGCCAGAAGUUCGCCAUCUGGGCUCAAUGCAAUGGCCUUGAGGGCUGAAGAGUGGGCCGGAAUGAUGCUGACAUUCCCGGUCGCCAACUCGAUCAGUUGUAUCUGUCCAGCAGUUCGGCCGGGGAAGGCAAGCUUCUUCUCAGAAAGACAGCAAAGACCGAGGAGAUUAUCUGCAGUUUCGUAAACAUGAAGUAAAUCAGGAGGUUUGGCGAACGAGUAGACGCGCACGCUAUUUUGUAGGACAACAGCGAUGCGCUCCCUACCCAGUUGGACGCCACGAAUUGCUGUCAAUGCUGUGAUUUCCAAGGCAACUUUGCCCUUCAUGUCGUCCCAUAUUAUAGCCU